AUGCAUUCUAUAACAACCCUCAUCACUUUGGCUAUGGGCCUGCUCUCCGUGGGUGCGGUCGUUCAUGGAUGCGAGUCCCACGGAGUUGAUUUCCAAAACGGCGGCGGCCCUUACUUCCAAAACCAAACGUCUCUGGAGCCAUUUAGUUUCGUAUCGAUCUAUGAGAAAUGUGAGGCAGACGUAGCGACGAAUAUCCUUGUGGAUCCCGUAGGCGACGAAUAUCUGUGUAGCGACACUCCUCUUCAACCCGACGAUACCAAUCAGAUGUCAACUUGCCCGUUGGUAAAGAACGAGAUGUUCUCCGGACGCUGGGCUGUACUCAUUCUAUCGAACAAUGGAGAAGCAGAGCCCGUCGGUUUUGAGCGAGAGUUUGACUUAAUUGUGGGAAAACCGGUCACCACAACCUUCACUCCCACGAUCUCGGUGACUGUGACUAGCACGCCAAUUUCGACCACAACAAGUACUACCAAGACAAUAACGACCAACACCGUGACGAGGACUACAACUUUGCCCAAGAAGACCAUAGCUCCUACCAAGACCAUCAAACCAGCUCCCGUUUUCACGACCAAAGUCUUCGGACCGACCGUCAAGAUAACUGCGACAGAAUUCAAGCCAGUCAUCUCAACCAAGACGUUAACCAAGACAUGCAAAGUCUCUACGCAAACAAAGAAAGAUCCAACAUUGACAUGGCGCCCAACAUCGCUCCCCACAGCCCUUUCCGGCAUCGCACGCGAGCUCUCUCUGACCCAAGGCCGCGACACAUCUCUCGCCCGUCGCGUCCCAGCCGAUCGCAAGCAAAGAAUCUCCGAGCGCAAAGCUCGCAUCGCCGCAGAAGCCAACGCCAACGCCAAUGCACACAUCAACAAGCGCGGCCUGGACUCUGCCACUUUCACCAUCACCGCCACCAAUCCCGCCGAUUGGAUCACUUCCACCUCUGUUGCUUUGGCGCCUACCUCCACCAUCACUAGUACAUACGUCUCUACCAUUACGCAAGUCACUACGUCCAUCUCGACUGUUUACUCUGGCACAAAGACGAUCCCUACAAAGUAUAUUACAUUGCCCACGGAGACGAUUACGAAAUUCAAACCUACAAUCUUUACUACGACUGUUGCGACUAUUACAAAGAGUCCUACUUUCACCGUAACGGUUCCUAAGAAUGAUCCCGCGGCUACGAAAGCGUGUAAGAUCAAGGGCGGUCAUAUGGUUGAGGCGAAGUAA